CGCGCGCCCGCCUCCGCUGACGUCUUAUUUAGGGGAGCCCUCGGCUCACCCCCUUGUUAGAACUCUAGGCUGGUAGCUGUCUCCCGAGCUCAGUACCUGCGCUCAGGCGCCGGGUGAUCGUGGUCUCGGGCCCGCGAGUCCUACCCCGACAGCGCAGAGCGCCAGACUUUUUAUCUGUGAAAUGGGACCAACAGACCCUACCUUCCACAGUUGUCAGGAGAAUUAAAUCAGACAUUGCAGGUAAAGCACUUAAGGAGCUGAUGCUGGGGUCUGGUGGAAGGAGGUUGCUCACGACUGUGCUGCAGGUGCAGAGGCAGCCCUUUCAGCCCUCCAGAGAUAUGAGAUUGGUGCAGUUCCAGGCACCCCACCUAACGGGACCCCAUCUGGGCCUGGAGUCAGGGAAUGGCGGGGGUGUCAUCAACCUCAACGCCUUUGAGCCCACACUGCCCAGGACGAUGGUGGAGUUCCUGGAGCAGGGAGAAGCCACUCUGUCAGUGGUGAGAAGAGCACUGGCCACCCACUUGCCAGUCCUCCCACGGGCAGAGGUGACGCUCCUGGCCCCAGUCACUCGGCCAGACAAGGUGGUGUGCGUGGGCAUGAACUAUGCGGACCACUGCAGAGAACAGAACGUGCCUGUGCCCAAGGAGCCCAUCAUCUUCAGCAAGUUCGCUAGCGCCAUCGUGGGGCCCUACGAUGACAUCAUCCUUCCGCCCGAGAGCCAGGAGGUGGACUGGGAGGUGGAGCUGGCCGUGGUCAUUGGGAAGAGAGGCAAGCGCAUCAAGGCUGCAGAUGCCAUGGCCCAUGUGGCUGGCUUCACUGUGGCACACGACGUGAGUGCCCGUGACUGGCAGGUGAGACGCAAUGGAAAGCAGUGGCUGCUGGGGAAAACCUUUGACACCUUCUGCCCUCUGGGCCCUGCCCUGGUGACCAAGGACAGUGUGGCAGAUCCACACAACCUAAAGAUCUGCUGCCGAGUGAAUGGGGAAGUGAUGCAGAGUAGCAACACCAACCAGAUGGUGUUUAAGACAGAAGAGCUGAUAGCCUGGGUCUCUCAGUUCGUUACUCUUUAUCCAGGGGACAUCAUCCUGACCGGGACGCCCCCAGGUGUGGGUAUGUUCAGGAAGCCUCCUGUCUUCCUCAAGAAGGGCGAUGAAGUCCAGUGUGAGAUUGAAGACCUGGGUGUCAUCGUCAGCAAGGUGGUGUGAUGACUGCUGCUGCAGGCAGAAGGGGCAUUUGUUCCCACGGAGCCCAGCGUGGCAAGAGGCCUGGUGCCAGCCCCCGCGGCUUCUCUUCGGGUAGAGGGGGAGGCAGUGGUGCUCACCUCCUCAAUAAACUUCAUCUUCCUUUA